AUGGCCGGCGAACGGCCCCCGCUGCGGGGCCCUGGGCCUGGAGAGGCGCCGGGGGAGGGGCUGCCGGGCCCCGGGGGUGCAGGCGGAGGCCCGGGCCGGGGCCGCCCCUCCUCCUACCGGGCUCUCCGCAGCGCGGUGUCCAGCCUGGCGCGGGUGGACGAUUUCCACUGCGCCGAGAAGAUCGGGGCCGGCUUCUUCUCCGAGGUCUACAAGGUUCGGCACCGACAGUCUGGGCAAGUCAUGGUGCUGAAGAUGAACAAGCUCCCCAGUAACCGGGGCAACACGCUGCGAGAGGUGCAGCUCAUGAACCGGCUGCGGCACCCGAACAUCCUAAGGUUCAUGGGCGUCUGUGUGCACCAAGGACAGCUGCACGCUCUCACAGAGUACAUGAAUGGGGGGACCCUGGAACAGCUGCUCAGCUCCCCCGAACCCCUGUCUUGGCGGGUCAGGCUCCACCUGGCCUUGGACAUUGCUCGAGGCCUGCGGUAUCUGCAUGCCAAGGGUGUAUUCCACCGAGACCUCACGUCCAAGAACUGUCUGGUCCGACGGGAAGACCGAGGCUUAACGGCCGUGGUGGGUGACUUCGGACUGGCUGAGAAGAUCCCUGUGUACAGGGAAGGGGCAAGGAAGGAACCCCUGGCUGUGGUGGGCUCCCCAUACUGGAUGGCGCCGGAGGUGCUGCGCGGCGAGCUGUAUGACGAGAAGGCUGAUGUCUUCGCCUUCGGGAUCGUCCUGUGUGAGCUCAUCGCCCGCGUACCCGCGGAUCCUGAUUACUUACCCCGGACUGAGGACUUCGGCCUGGACGUGCCUGCAUUCCGCACCCUGGUGGGGGACGACUGCCCACUGCCUUUCCUGCUUCUGGCUAUCCACUGCUGCAGCAUGGAACCCAGCACCCGUGCUCCCUUCACUGAAAUCACCCAGCACCUGGAGUGGAUCCUGGAGCAGCUGCCUGAACCAGCUCCCCAUACCAGGAGUCUCCUGACGUCCACUCAGGAGGCUGUGCCAAGAGGGGGUCCCUCUGCCACGCUUCCCAGGUCAGAUCCCCGCCUCUCCCGAAGUCGGUCGGACCUCUUCCUGCCCCCGUCACCAGAAUCACCCCCCAACUGGGGGGAUCAUCUGACUCGAGUGAACCCCUUCUCGCUAAGGGAAGACCUCAGGGGUGGCAAGAUCAAGCUCCUGAACACACCCAGCAAGCCUGUCGCCCCCCUCCCCCUCGUACCUCCAUCGCUGAUGCCCUCCACCCAGUUGCCCUUGGUGACCACCCCGGAGAACCUGGUCCAGCCGGGCACCCCUGCCCGCCGCUGCCGUUCGCUGCCCUCAUCCCCUGAGCUCCCUCGGCGCAUGGAGACUGCACUGCCAGGCCCCGGCCCUCCUGCCUUUGUGCCCUCAGCCGAGGAGAGCAUGGAGUGUGAGGGCAGUAGCCCUGAGCCAGAACCUGCAGGCCCAGCCCCACGGCUGCCCCUGGCCGUGGCCACAGACAACUUCAUCAGUACUUGCUCUUCUGCCUCCCAGCCCUGGAACCCCAGGUCAGGACCUCCCCUCAACAACAACCCUCCAGUUGUGGUGAAUUCCCCACAGGCCUGGGCUGGGGAGCCCUGGCACCACACCCAGCACAGCCUGCCCCGGGCAGCAGCGCUGGAGCGGACAGAACCCUCGCCGCCACCUGCAGCUCCCCGGGAGCCUGAGGAUGGGCUGCCUUGUCCUGGAUGCUGCCUCGGCCCCUUCAGCUUUGGCUUCCUGUCCAUGUGCCCGCGCCCCACACCAGCCGUUGCCCGCUACCGCAACCUCAACUGUGAGGCGGGCAGUCUCCUCUGCCACCGAGGGCACCACGCUAAGCCACCCACACCCAGCCUGCAGCUGCCAGGGGCACGCUCCUAGCAGUGGGGCCUCGGACUUCUUAGGCCUCCACCUUUGGCCUUCAGGACACACCUAUAAGUCCAGGCUGGGCUGACGGACUCCUCUCCCCAUGUAGGGGAGCCUCAGCAUGGACUCGAGGGACACAGCACUUGGCCAACGCAACCCCUGGGCUCGCUCUCCUGCGGGGCUCACCCAACCAGACACAGCGUUGCUGACACACGAGACUAACACGUGCAAAUUAUUUAAAGUGAUUUCAAUAAAACUGCCUGGCUGGCUCCGGGCUGCCCUUA